UACGUAGACAACUUCAUGUCAUACGUCACUAAUCUAAAUGUCACUUUAUUAUAACCUAAAAAAAUUAUUAUUGCAUAUUUUACUGAUUUUACCGAUUUUACUCACGUAUACUUGUAUUAUUGUUUAUGUCAGAAAAUAAUUAUUUUGACUCUCUCAUUUCUACAAUGAAGAGGAGAUAACCGGUUGUACGACACAUGAGAGAUUAUAACGAUUGUAAGUUUUUUUUCUUGAAUUUGAAAUAUUUAUACCGGAGCAUUGUGUCAGAGAUUACACACAUAAAAGUGAUAAUGUCAUCAAGUAUUGCCACGUAUAAAUGUAAAUUUCUUUUACGUGAAAUUUUUCUAUGGAAAGUAUGAUAUAUAAGAAUGCAAGAAAAAUUAUUAUCCAAAACUAAUAUCGAAGUAAAUAUGAAUUUUCAAAGACAACCACGAUGUUUUCGAACGAGUCAAUUUUUUGUUAUGAUGAAUGUAAUAGCAAUUACGCUCAUUUGUUUAUAUGUUUGGCAAGUGGAGGACGACAAGUGUAAAAGUAAACUAUCAUCAAUGGUGGAGAAUAUAAAGUCAUUUGGUUUAUGUGAGAGAUCGAUAAUAAAUGAGAAGACAUUUCGCGAUUUGACAAGACUGAAAUUAUAUAAAUUGGAUUUAGAAAUAUCGCGACAGGAUAAGGCGAUUUUAUCAACAUGUCUCAAUAAAGUGGAGGAAUUAUUGAAUUCACUGUAUGAAGAUGCGCCAACAAUUUAUGCCAUAACGCCAACAUUUUCGAGACCAGUGCAAAAGGCCGAAUUAACACGUUUGGCGCAAACAUUUCUUCUUGUUCCAAAAUUCCAUUGGAUUGUCGUUGAAGACGCGGCUAAUAAAACUCGAUUAGUUACAAAUUUAUUGUCCACAAGUUUAUUGUCAUAUACCCAUUUGAAUAUUGCGACACCGCCUAAUUAUAAACUUGGAAAACGCGAUCCAAAUUGGAAGAAACCACGUGGAGUUGAACAACGUAAUGCAGCUCUUCGUUGGAUUAGAGAAAAUUUAAGUUCUAGUCAUAAUGGAAUUGUAUUUUUUGCUGAUGACGAUAAUACUUAUUCCAUUCAGAUUUUUGCUGAAAUGAGCCGAAUUAAAAAGGUCGGUGUCUGGCCUGUGGGCUUGGUUGGAGGGUUAAUGAUAGAAAAGCCAAUUUGCGACAAGGCUACAAAGAAAGUAAUUGGAUUUAAUUCAAUGUGGAAACCAGACAGACCAUUUCCAGUUGAUAUGGCAGGAUUUGCAAUAAAUUUAAAACUCGUACUUGAAAAUAAAGACAGUUGGUUUUCGUUCGAAGUUGAGGGCGGAUAUCAGGAGAGUGAAAUUUUAAGGCAAAUGGUUACGAGAGACGAGCUGGAACCCUUGGCCGAUUUAUGUACGAAGGUCUACGUUUGGCACACGAGAACGGAACAUCCACUUCUUCGGACUGAACAAAUGCUGAUUAAAAAAGGGAAACCAUCAAAUUUUGGCAUUGAAGUGUAAUAAAUUUACAUUCUUUACUUUUUAAACUUUUUAAAUUGUUCUAUAAGUUUUAAAAAAAUACCAAUAUCAAAAAGCUAUUUUUAAACGAACAAAUCAAAUUUGGAAAAAUAGCAUAUCAUAAUUAAUGUAAAUAUUUUUUUAUUUUCCAAAACCGAUAAAUUCUAGAGACAUUCAAUGAACUUUGAAAGCGUGAAAUAUUUUAAAUAUUCUCGAAAAAAAAUGUUAAAAACGUCGAAUAACUUCCAAGUACUCUCAUUUAUUAAAUACUGUAAAUAUUUGAAAUUGUGCCACAAGUAUUAUAGUUAAGAAAAUAUUUUUAAUUAAUUACAAAUUUCUACAUUUUAGAAAAUAGGCGAGUUAUUUAAUAAAAAAACUACAUAAUCUUUAA